AAUAAAAAGCAUAUCUUCCAACAUUUCUUGCAACAUUACUGAUAAAUAAUAGACUUUCAAGUUCCUAGUUGGCAGAUGACGUCGAGGAGUCCGAAAGGUCGAAAACGAAUUUUGAACCAUGUGAGCCACCGUAGUCAAAAUAUGUGUGUAUCCCUGAAGACUUAUGAUCACUUCUCAUGUUAUUAUGUGUAUAAGGUUUACGUGAUCUCAGGCUGUACUGACAAUUAUAAGCAGAAGACGUGUACGUGCAUGGAAGGUGUAGUAGAUGUGUUUACAGCUCGCCAAUAAUCCGAUCUGUAUUGACUGAACUUUUAACUUGUCAAAAGAGAAACUUCAGAUGUUGUUUAUAUAGAAGCCCAAGACUAAACACUUGGAUUCAAAACAUCUCUGGCGGUUCUGGUCUGCUUGAUUACGACUCUCAAUGGCUUUCUCAGUAGUCGAACGAGUCCAUAGCUUGUUGGUUUCGUGUUUCUUUAAGUAAAAAACGUGUGUAUUUUAUCCCCGAGCUCAGCAUGGAUCAUCAGACGCUUUUAAACACAGACAUCUGCUUUAACAAAGUCCUACAGAGUGUUGUAAUUAUGUGGCAGAGAUACAGUAAACCUUACCGUAUUGAAUGUAUUUAACUGGACUCGGAUGAAGUCAUGAGCCGUCGGCUGAUCCUCCUGUCUGGAUUCAUUUGUCUCUGUGUGACACGGUGUUGCCCCUCCAGACUGACACACUGCGACACUGGCAAGACAAAUCUAUUCACAGACCUACCAGGACCUGAAGAACUUGUGUGUCAAGAGCACUGGCCACAGUCCCAGACGAAUAUCCCUGAUACUGACACAAAACAUAUUAUAAAGGCUGCUGAUUCCAUCUGUAUGGACACACCCAUUACAUACAAUGACCGUAUACCCACCCAUGGUCCUUACAGGCCUGUUGAAGCUGAGAGUGGAGAGUACCUCUACUGCCCCCCUCAGCGCUGGCUUAACAACCUCAAAAAUGGAGCGCUGGUGUUUCUGUAUCACCCGUGUGUCUCAGCGGAAGCUCACAGGAGUCUGGCGGUGUUGGCUCACUCGUGUCUGCCUCGUUACAUCCUCACACCUCACCCGUGGCUCAGCCAACACAGACCUUUAGCUGUGGUCUCAUGGGGUCGCUCGCUAGAGAUGUCCCACAUCACACUACGGGUUUGUGAUUGGUUGCUUUUCAUUUCCUCCAAUAUUAGUCAAGCUAGUACAAACCAAAGGGCAAAGUACAAUCUAUUUUUGACAAAACCAGCACCUGUGCACAAACCAGUGAACACCAGUCAAGAGAUGUCCAAAGUGGAGAGAUUAAAGUCUCUUAAACGCUGCUGCAUGGAGGCUCUCAGUCUCACUGAGGUACAGAGGACCAGAAGGAGAACCAGGAAAAUCAGAAAUGUCCUCAAACAAUCACCAGAGGAAGUGGAACCGAAAUAUGACGUCAAACCAGACGAACUUAACAGCACAAAGAGUGCAAAACUGAAUCGUACAGACACACUACCACAAAAUAAUACAAAGGAAAUGGCCUCUUUCUCAAUGCUAACUGUUACACAAUCUCUCAGUUCAGCAAAGGACUCUGAGAAGUCUGGAGACAAAGACAAGAUAAUUGACGCAGAGAAGCUAUUUCCACAGAAGAAAGUGACAGAAAGACAUAAAUACCAAAUAGACAGAAAAACACAUAAGAAAACUAUAGUGGAAGGUGAGAGGCAUCGCGUCAAAACUGACACAAAGGCACAGAGGUCUGGAUCUGAAUGCGGGGAGCUUGGACAGUGUGGAGUCUCAGACUCAAUGUCUCCUAAUUUAGGAGGGCCGCUGAGGGGGGAGAGGAUACCCAUCCCACGUACCGAUGAGGCCGUGUGGGCAGCAGGUGCUCUGGGAUUCCUCUUAGUGCUUCUUACCCUGUCUGUGCUCCAUACGCGUCUCUAUCGCCACUGUCGAUCUUCCACCAGUCUCUACUGGCACGACCACCAGCAAGACUACGAGAACGUGGGUGACAUCAUCCGCCGAAGGCUUAGGAUGGUUGGCCGGAGGAAGAGGAGAAGCAGCCAGAGCAGGAGACAGGAAUGUGCAUUGCUGUACUCCAGCAAUGAGGAGAACUCUGACUAAAUGACAGAAUUGGUGAACACUAGUAAUCUUACACACUUUAUUUGGACUCUGCUGGAAUAUCUGUUCAAUCAUGUGGCACUCAUAGAGUAAAUAUGAACCUUUUUUGACUUGAGGCAUUUUACACAUUCAAGACAACACUUCUGAAAGACAAUUUCUCUCUUGUGUUUCAUUUAGUGACACAAUUAAGUGAUGAAGGUACCAUUGAGUAAAUUAUACCAUUUAGUAUAGAAAUACCUUUUACACAUUUUAUAUCUUGAGUAUGGUGUUGUCUGUUACUGUUGAUAACAUAUUGGUAAAUUAAAAUUGCGAGGAAACGGAUGUAGAGACAGAUCGUACAUCCGAGCAGUGUUGGGGAAAGUUACUUUUAAAAGUAAUGCAUUGCAAUAUUGCCUUAAAAAAUUAACUAAUACUAAAAGUAAUGCAUUCCAUUACUUUUGCAUUACUUUUUUCUCAUCUGGGUUGGGAUUUU